AUGUCGUCAGAACGUCUCGCGGGCAAGGUUGCCAUCGUCACCGGUGCCGCUUCUGGCUUCGGUAGAGGCAUUGCCACAAAAUUCGCCCAAGAAGGUGCCAGAGUCAUUGUCGCGGAUCUCUCAGAAGACGCCGGAAAGCAGGUUGCCUCUGAGCUCGGCGGCGUCUUUAUUCGCACCGAUGUCACCCAAAAGGCCGACUGGGAAGCCGCAUUGGCGCUGGCCAUCAAGGAAUACGGACAGCUGGAUAUCGUUGUGAACAAUGCCGGUGCAUCUUACUCAAACAAGGCGACGGAGAGUGUAACGGAAAAGGAAUUUGACAUGGUGAUGAACGUCAAUGUCAAGUCCAUUUAUAUGUCGACACAAGUCGUUGUACCGUACUUGCUCAAGGAGAAUCGCCCUGGCAACUUUAUCCAGAUUGCAUCAACAGCUGGAAUUCGGCCCCGUGGCGGUUUGGCAUGGUACAGCGCCUCCAAGGGAGCUGCCAUUACCGUUACCAAGGCUCUCGCCUCUGAAUAUGGCCCCAAACAGAUUCGAUUCAACGCCGUUUCUCCAGUAGUUGGCGUCACUGGAAUGACCAAUCUCUUCCUGGGGUCUACAGAUAUAUCAACCUUUGUGGCGACGGUUCCUCUUGGCCGACCGUCAACACCGGCAGACAUUGCCAACGCCUGCUGCUAUCUUGCCAGCGACGAGGCUGCAUUUAUUACGGGGGUGAAUCUCGAGGUGGAUGGUGGACGAUGUGUAUGA